AUGACCCAAAAUGGCCAUGGGUGGCAAGACAACCCCUAUGCCAAUGACAUAGGUGGUCUGUCUAGUCACGGAGGAGGAGCGUCAGGAGAUCUUGAAAUGAAUAAUUUCAAUAACUUCCAACAAUAUGGAAAUCCGUCAAACCAGACCUACGAAACACCAGUAACAAACAAUCAAUACUUCGCCUCACCUGGGUUUUCCACCUAUCCGCCUGUCCAUUCUGAAGGUCAUUUCGGGAGUGAAACAUUUGGAGGAGGCAACAUACCAGAUCAGGCUUCUUAUUACGCGACUGCUCAUCACUAUAAUAAUAACACAGACUCCAACGGAAGUAGUCUACAUAGUCACGGGGCUCCAGAUCUACAACAGCAAUACAGGGAGACACCUUUCAAUCCCCACCAGGGAUAUGAAACGUCAUAUCAAAAUCAGCUUCCAGCUGAAUAUGUUUCUGAACAGCCGGCACAGAAUCACGGCCAUGCUCAUACUCCUACUUCGUUCAGUGGCCCGUCAUGGCAGGGCACACCAGCUCAGCCAGUCGCAGCCCAAUUCAAUCAGAGGCCUAUGAACUUUGAACCUCACAAUCCUCAAUCCAUAUAUCAACAGCGGGCACACAUCACACCAUAUACAGGUCUCCAGAAUCCUCAACCUAGCCAGAGGGGCACAGCGUUCGUUCCUGAUCAUAACACUCCAGUAAUACCUCAACAGAUGAUGAAUGGCUUCGACCCUCGGAAUGGCCAAGCUUACUUCAGCCCUCCAUCAUCUCAGCCUGUAUUGCCGCAGUUUGAGGGAUCGCUACAUGACGAUGGACAACUCAUGCAGAAAUUCCGAGCUACACCUGCCGCCACUCAACAGCGCCUCAUGGAUGGCCCAAUGGCUGUUCACUUUCAACAUCAACAGACGCGCGGCGCCAUGCCGACAAUUGUUCCUCAACCUACACCUAGCAACUCUCAAAUUUCUCAAAGUAUGGACAUCACAGUUCAAAAGGAGCAUCCUUGGGAGCGUCCAGAUGGGUGCCCUUUCAUAUCAAUCAAGAACCCGCCAAAGACUAAAAUCGGUACUUUUGCUUCCAUAAAAUCUUUGCCCAUUAGCUCGGAUAAACCAUUUGUUGUUAAGCAUGAUACGCUUAAUUUGCGCGUUCUACCGCAACGCCGCACUCGGUUACCCUGCGAAAUUCAGAAGGAACGUGAUGCACUGUCCGCCAAAAUUCUCUCGCCUAAUUCACUAUCGGAGUCGGAGAAGCAAUUAGUUGAAAUUGAGAUACAGCGGCUGGACAAUGAGCCAGUUGUUGUGGCAGACAGCGAAGCCUCCAAACCAUUAAAAGAAUCAAAACCAAAAGCGACAAAGCGGAAAAUCUCCAAGAUGGAUUCUACCACCAAGAAGAUUGGAAGCUCAACUAGCAGCAGUGACGACGAGGAGAACUUGGAGGAUACUACAGCUCGCGAAAUUAAGCUGAAGCCGCGCCCUGACGACACCCUCAAGGCCGUUGAAUAUGAUAUCAUCAACAUCCUCUGGCGCGACCCAAAAUCACCAGAGCCUACACAGAAAGCUGUCGGAGACAACAUUCAUGCUUUUGGGAACUAUGUUACAGAUAUAUGGACGAAAAGCAAAGAUCUCAAGAGUGAUCUAGAGAGAGCGCAAGAAAAGAGCGAUAACGCCAAACUAGAAUCACUGCAAGCCGCUCUGGAGGAUACAUUUGCAUCGAUUCGCACUGCUAUCGAGACCGCCAUCAAAUAUGGUGAUCGCUUUACUCUGACACAACUCGGCACGCAUAAGAAGCUGCUCGGGAGUCUGUCUAUCCUCUUGCGAAAUCGAUUUGCAUCCGAAGAUUACAACGGCUUUUUGCCAAAGGCUAUUCUCAAACUUGUCUCGCUUUUCGUCACCGUGAACACGGCGUUCCUAACCGACAGGGUCAAGUUGGAUCGUGUCAGGCAAAAGUACAACCACUAUCUUGAUGAAGAAUCUAAGGCAUACAUGGAACAGAUAUUUGAUAACGCUCGAAAACGUUCCAUGUUAGAGGCAGAGGAUAUUCAGGAUGAUGGUAAAAAGGGAGACGACGCUAAGAAGGUCACUUCAAGCAUUACUAAGAAGUCAUCGGCGUCGACGAAUGGCAAAGACGGCUUACUUAUGACCAAAGCACAACCUUUGAAGAAAGACCUUCCCUUAAAGAAGGCUACUACGGAGAUUAAAAAAAUACAACCAAUCGAUUACUCUGGUUUGGGAUCUGCGAGAAAGGUGAGCAGCGUGGCAGCAAAAGCAAACCCUCAGAGUUCUGCCAAAAGGCCCGGAGACGAAGACAUGGAUUCACGAGCUCCCAAAAAAGCUGCUACAGAGAGUGCUAUGGGUGUUCCAGCAACUGCCAAGGCACUAUCUACUUCAACUUCAAAUACGUCGCAACCCGCAUCGACAGCAAUUACACAAGCUCGGUCCAGGCCGAGUGGAUCAAUGCUCCCAGGUAGAGCACGUAUACCCACUAAAUCGCUGCCCAAAAAAGCAGCACCGCAACAAUCCAGCACUUCCAUUAUAGGGGGUCUCCUCGAUCAGAUUCAAAAGCCCAAGGAGAAGCCCAAGCAACAAGAAGAGCCAACAAGGGCCCCUGAGACUCCGGAGGAAACUAAACUACGACUACGCAAGGAGUCGCGAAGGCAUCUUCGCGUCACAUGGAAGCCCGACGAAGAACUUGCCGAUAUCCGGGUUUUCGAGCAUGACACAGCAGAAGACAAGGGUCGAGAUCAUAACAUGCUUCGAGAUGCUCGUGAUAAUCGCUCCGAAGGCCAGAUGUUGAAGCAACGGUUUCAGGAAAAUGAUGACGAGGAUGAAGAGGAAAAGGCCAAGGAGGUCGCCAUCCGUUCCUGGUAUACCCCCACACCGUUUCUAUCUGAGCUGGCAAUCUCUGAUGAGUGGCGGACGAAGACGUUUGUUACUCGCGGGGGCACCCGUAUGGUUGAUUCAAUGCAGAAGAAGGUUAUGGAGAAUUACGAAAGCCGCGAAUUAAUGACGAUUUACACCAGCGUGUCUGAGAUUCCAGAAACACCUCGAUCGCCACCUAGCAAGGUCGCCGAGACUUUCAAGCAACCGGCUAUAUAUGUUCUUCCAUCAGACCUAUAUAGAUGGCAGGAAUCUCUUCCACCAGACUCUCCUCGACGUGCCGAGAUUCAUACUCGAUGGUCUGAGUACAUCCAGCGUGGACCUUCCAUAGCACUGGAGAGUGCCCUGCGCCGAUUAAAACUCGCAUCUAGUUCUUCUCCUGCUGCACCACAAGCAUAUCCUUCAAACAGACCUACUCCACGUACCGAGCAGGAAAACGCAGCAGAGGUUCUCCGCCUUCUUACGUUGGAUAAGAUCAAGAGUUAUGUCGACCCCGAUCCGUAUGAUCCAGCAAAUCCGAAGACCCAACGCCGAAAUGAUUACGCGGAUCCCAAGGUUCAAAUGGAUAUCGAUUCCCUAGAAACAGUUUUUUCCCAAUUCAAAGACAAACCGUUCCCUACGACCGAACCGCCGGAGCAUAUCCAAUCGAACCCAGACCGUGUUGCAGAAUGGCACGCCGGCCGCAAUCGGGACCUUGAGGCACAACGGCAACCGCCGUCACAGCAGCCGUCACAGUACUCGCCGUCGAUACUAUACCCGUCGGCUCCCCAGCUGCCGGAUCAAUACGCAGCCAUCAUUCAGCAGGUUAAGGCCAUUCAAGCUAGUCAAUCCACAGCUCAGCCAGCUCAGAGUGCUGUGGCUCCCGUUCCUGAUCAGCUUGAUCCGUCUGUCCAGAACAUCCUGGCAGCCCUGAGACAGACAACUGCACAGCCUACUGCAGCGCCAGCUUAUGCAUCCAACUAUGCAUAUCCACAAGGCUGGAAUCCGACUCAAGCCCAACUCCAGGCUAAUAACGGUUAUAACAGUUACGGGGCCCAGCCCCAAUCUACUUCGUCUAUUGCCGCGCAGCUGCUACCUCAACUCUACAGCGGCCAGUCUCAAGCUACUCCCGCAUACGAGGGCCAAGCACAGUCUAGCCAAACGCCAGACAUGCAAAACCAACGCGACAAUCCCGACCGAGGUAAUCGCAAAGACUUUAAUCGCGGUGCCAAAGACCACAAGGGUAUCAACCGCUCCUUGAUCGGCACCAAGCCCUGCACCUUCUGGGCCAAGGGCCAGUGCGCCAAAGGCGACAAAUGUACAUUUCGACACGACCCGAAUGACCUGAUAUGA